AUGCUGUUAUUUGUUUCGAGAAACUUGCAUUUAUUCCAACUGAGCAUGGCAAUGCGGGUAGCAAUCAUGUUUGCACAGGCAUUAUUGCUGAUGCUACAAUGUCACAUCGUUGCAAGCAGAGAAUUUCAUGUAACAAAUGCUUAUUACAUUCGACACUACAAUGGAAGGUGCCUGGAAUAUGAUGGAAUACGUCAGGUUCUGUUUUACGGUCGGGUUUGUCGUGAGAAGUUCGAGUGGCAAGAAGGAGCUCGACUCAUCCACAUACCAACAAAGAAAUGCGUUUCUGUCAAUUCAACGAGUGAUGGGACCUUUUUAUCCUUGACCAGUCAAUGCAGUGGCACAAGCAGUUUAUUUCAGUAUGAUCAUAACAAUCGUGUAAUUAGCCAUCGUAGUUCCAACAAGUGUCUACAUCCUGCAGAUGAAGGCGCUGAUCCUAUUGCAAACACUGGGGUUGUUUUGAAAACAGGCUGUGAUAAAAACACCAAUAAAUACUAUUUUAGAGAGACAGUCUAUUUUAUCAUUCGGCAUAUUGGCGGACUAUGUUGGGUUUACGACUUGAAUCACAGUAUUGUCAGGCUGAGUAACAAAGUUGCUUGCGAUCGCUUUGAAUACGUAAAUGAUAAGCUUUUGCGACAUGUGGAAACCGGAAAAUGUGUUAUUUUCUCGAGCUCUUACAUUCGCUUGACUGAUGAUUGUAGAUCAGCACAGCCAAUGUACGGCGAUGAGCAUUCACUUUUACAUUACGGAGUAAGCCAAUGUGUGCAGCCAGCAAGCGUCGCUCUUUCUCCUCCCGUCAACAACGAACUUGUUCUGCUCAAUAGCUGCAUUAAUGAGGACAGACUGAGGUUCUACUUUUACGACGACAAAGAUGUUCUGAAAGUAAAAGUCAUAUCGGAGUCCUGUGAUGACAUGCCUGCUUCAUCUACUUGUCAAGCUUCCAAAGGGCAUGUUAUUGUAAAUGGCCGUCAGUACAGCCCUAGCACACGGGGUAUCAAUGUUGUUAUCUUUGACUACAGAAGUGGCCUGUUUGAGCACAGCAAAGCUUAUGACGUUCUUGGCUUCUCAGGCCCCAGAGAUGACUUAGCAAACUUUCUGAAUAGCCUAACGGCUGGUAAGAUUCUUUUCUUGACAGUAAAGGAUGCAGCUAAUUUAAACGCCAACCUUGCUCUAGCAUUGCAAAAAGUCGGUGUUUCUGCAACAUUUGCUACCACACCUGUUCCAAAAACGCGUUCAUCGUUGGCCUAUAUUGGAUAUACAGGGCAGCAGAGAAAAAGUUGGGAAAAGUCUCUGAACAGGCUUGGUGGUGGAGGAGGCUCAACGAUUGAAGUUGUCAUUAACAGCUUUGUUGACCGUAAUGGGAUAAAUGAUUGUUCAAAUGAACUUGGGGUACGAACAAGAAAAAUACCAGACUCUAGGUUUUAUGCAAGGACGACUUGGAUAAACGACUUGUACCAUAGGCCAUUUCAAGCUAGGUUACACCUUAACACAAACGGGUGGUGUUCACAAGGAAAUGUGCCAGUAUCGGAUUAUUUGCAGGUAGACAUUGGAAUAACCAAGCUCAUAUCUGGCAUUGCAAUUCAAGGACAUGGCAUUGUUUUUGAUCAUGGCAUUACCAAAUUCAAAAUUGAAUACAGCGAAAAUGGCGAGAACUGGCAAUUUUAUAAAACUGACCAAAACUUGGUUGAAGAAUUUCUUGGAGUACGAAAAGUGGAUAUGUUGGAGACGAGAGUGAACUGGUUCCGUAACAUGAAAACAAGAUUUAUCAGGGUUGUGCCAACAGCAAGAAUAUCAGCAAUUGGCGUUAACUGCAUGAGAAUUGAAUUAUAUGGCUGUUCAAUAACAAGGAGCUUUUUGAGUGUCCAAUGGCCAUCAAGGAGUCAGCAAAUAAAUGACAACUACAAAGGAUCAAUAAAUACUUUUGGGACAAUCAAGGAGAACUUAACUGUAGGCAUAUCAAUCGCGGCCAAUAACAACAGCCUUGCAACAAAUAUUGAACAGGUCCACUUUAAAAGAGUGAAUGCGUCUACCACACUUGAUAAUGGAACACUUGUAAAAAACAGCGGUGAAGUGAAUGCAUCAACAGACCAAAAGAGAAAGAUUGAUAGUGCGACGUUCACUGAGUUUCAUAUAAAGGAGGAGAAUUAUUACUCAUUUACAGUCGAUUUUACUGGAAAGAUUUUAGAUGCCGAACUUCCAACAGGAGACCGACGUUAUGUCAUUACCCUAGAGAGUCGUUAUGGAAUCCUUGCAUAUGCAGAGCCUCUUACAAUCAAAAGGCUACAGCCAGACAGAAGCAUUCUCCAAUUCAAUGUCACAAACGAAAACUUACAACAGUUUGUUGAAAACAGUUAUCUCCACUUGAAUCUGUCAGUUUCUCACUUGGCUGUAGCAAGUCAUUCAAAUGCCUAUGCAGUAAGUAUAAUGAUUUACUUCAAUAGUGAAUUCCUUGAGUUCAAAUCAUUGGCAUUUGAGAACCAAAAUCGUUUCAGUCUUGAGCCAUCAAGAAACAAGACCGGACAUGGUUUUAUCAUGAUUCAAACUGAUACAUUGUGGCUACUGAACAGCCAGCAGCUCUCUGUUGUGCUUAAAGUAAAGAUUCCCAUUGCUAUAUCAAGAGGUGAGAAUUUUAUUGGAAACAUAAUCGUCGAUUUCUCGUACCGCAACAACUUGAGAAAGUUCAGCGGAACUGUGAAUUCGACUUUGGAGAAGCUGAUACCCUUCAAGUGUAAGAUUGACCAAGGUAGAGAUGUAACCGUCACGUCAGUCAGGUUACCGCCUCCUGAAUUCAGCAUGGUUUAUGACGAGGCAAAUGGGCAAUUCAUUUUCUGCAACCACAAGAAGAUCGACAGGAGUAAAAAUAGUGUCGUUUGUUAUUCGCAAAGAAAUGACAGUGCUUCAUGGAAAAGCAUCCCCUAUGUAUCGGCAGUGAUGGGUGUUGAUGGUGAAAAGAAAACUGUUUAUGCGUUGGACAGAAUGGGAAAAUCAUACUCUAUGUCCUCCUUUCCAUACACCAAUUUUGAUCAUGUGGAGGAUUCGAAGUGGAUUGCAGUAAAGGAUCUGCCACAGUUGCGGAUGUCCUUGAAAAGUGAUACUAUUUCUUCAUUGCCAUCGUCAAUAUCAAAUGCCUGGAUACUUUCAGUUGGAGGAAAACCAUUUUACGCCGCAACAUCUCGCGGAAUAUUGAAAAAAUCUGGUGAUUUGUCUUGGAAAUCAGUUGUUUCAUGGAAGUAAUUGGAAAUUCAUUUGACACUAGGCCGCGCUCAGAAGAUUUUGCACCAUUUUCUGACAAAGUCUUAAUGCAAUAUCAGAAUUUAUUAGUGAAUGUGUUUGAAUGAAUUUUUCAAUUAUCUCUUUUGCAAGAAUGUAGAAAUAAAAGUCUUUGAUAUUUCUAAACAUAUCAGAUUAUUCGUAUUUUAUUUAUUUUUUACAGUUCCCUGAUAUUGAGCCGUCUGCUUUUGCGCCAUUGGGGAUAAAACAACUUAGCACCCGCGUGCCAGUAUGCACUUAAUGGCGCGGAGAACGGUAAACAUGCGCAAAGAUUUUCUCAAAAAUGCACGUAGGCUUCAUUUCUCAAGCUUAAAGGCAAUCUGUCUCGUUGUGGAUUGGUUAACGAGAACAAUAGCUGGAACAAUAGCCUAAACACGAUUCCAGCGAUUUUUUACAAUGCGAUAAAUUAAAGGGGGAUUGGAAACAAUAAAACUCCCUUUAUUCCUAUAACCAAUCAACGUCGUGACAGAUUGCCUUUAACGCUCUAGUGAUGAGUGCGGAAUUUACCUUCUGCAUUCACGUUAUAUUUACAUUAUUCCAAUCAUCUGUUAUGUAGCAAAAUUAACGCCAUAAUUAACACUUUUGCACUUAGGGUGUUAAUCGAGCGAUAGAGUUGCGAAAAAUUGGGCUUAAACCGGAUUGAAAACUUUAAAAUAGAUUGUUUAUUUUGCCAAAUGAGCACGUGACUCAGUAAGUUGACAGGAAAAACUUGUGAAAAUUAACAAGUGACUGGAAGAAGCUGUAAAAAAAUGAAACAUUGAUAAGUGACUAAAAGUAGCUAAACACAUUUUACAUAUGGGCAUUAAUCUAAGACUGGAAGAAAUUAUAAAAAUAUGUAAAAAUUAACAGGUGGCCGAGGAAAGCAAUAAAAAUUAACACGUGACUAAAGAAUACUAUGAAAAUAUAAACUUUACUGAAGAAGAAAUAUCAAUUAACACGUGACUGAAGAUUAUCAUAAAAAUAUAAACGUAACUGAAGAAGGCUAUAAAGCUAAGCACAGGGAUCAAGCAACUAUAAAUAUUUUGCACGUAACGGGAGAUAGUAAAAAUAAAAAAACGCUUGACUGAAUAUAUCUAAGAAGAUAUAUUCUCUCUAAAGAGGAUCUUCCAUAAGUUUAGACUUGAAGCAAUAUAUCGUUUCGUGAAUAUUCUUAAGAUAGUUUUGAUAGAUUCUCACGUUAGUGAAUUUAAUCUAAUUAGCUAAUUUUUGUUCUUUAUAUAUUAUUCCUGAUCUUUUGAAGAUCACUAUAGCUGCUAUGCAGAAAAAGAAGAUCACUUUUGAACUGAGAUCCUGGUUUAGACUACCAUUAGAAAGUAGCCUAGUAAGAUUGAACAUGAUGCAUCACCAACUUAUCAACCCAGCAUGCCAUUCGUCACAUUUUGUAAAUAUUUAUGCAAUCGACUUCAUGUUGAGUUGAAUUUAAGAUAUAGCUGAUUAUCCUGUAGAUGAAAUACCCUAUUACAAUAUGUCACAUGUAUGUUUUGAUUAGCACAACAGUUUUGUGUUUUCUCUUUGUGUAAUUAUCUACUAUGAUAAUAGGGACUAGCUAAACAUACUUGCUGUUAUGUUUAUACCCAAAUUGUGAAGUACGUUUUGCUAGAGAAUACUCUCCUCCCACAGAGGCCAUUGGGGAAGAAGAUUGGAUGUGUUAUUUUCCUUCCUUCUUUCCCUUUGUACCUCCUUAACUUUUCCUUACCUUCUGCAGUUUCCUUUAUCCCUUUCUCUCUCCCUAACUCCCUCCUCAAUAGCCUCUGCGAAAAAAAAUAACUAGAGAAAAUAAUGCAAGCCUUAAGCUUGGCUGUAGGCUAAAAUAUUUUUAAGGGAGCCUUGCAUUAAUGUAAAAUGUGAUCAAAACGUGAUCAAUCACGUUUUGGUCAACUCUCAGUAGAGUUUCUUGCUAUUGCGGGACAGAUUACCCAUAAUUCAAGUGACUACCAGUGAACAGAAAAUGAAACUUAACUAUUUGCAGCUCAACAUUAUCCACCCAAAGAGACUGCUAGACAUGCAUCAACAAAAUACACAAGAGUGCUAGAACUCUUGGCACCAGAAGCUUCCAGUGCUAAGGCAGCAAACUGGACAGGAAGAAAAUUGGAGGUUAGGCAAAGACUAUCAGUUGGUGAGUUAAGAGGAAAGCUCUGAGAGACUAGGCUUAAAUGGCUAGGACAUGUAGCCAGACGAAAGGAUACUUACACGGGGCGCAGGGCCCACUCCACUUACGCGGGGAGCAGGGUUCACGGAAAAUGAUGGGAAAACCGCUAAUUUAAAAAUCUGACAUCUGCGAUCCUUUGUUUUGAUCUGUUACUGCAGGAAAAUUUCUUCUCAGUAUCUUUCAGGGACCAGCUGUCGAUAGCCUAGAAACUCUCAACUUGCUGUCUGAUCAGCUUAUACCGCAAACGGCCUACUCUUGGCUGCAGGCGAACAUCUAAUAUGAUGUAUGGCUUUUUCAAUCCCAUACAUUAGAGAAACACGCGGUAAUUUGCAAAAUUUCCGAUUGCUUUUUAAAGUCAGAGUUGAAGCAUGUAGUCUUAGAAAGUAGUUUGGAUAUUACUUUAGCACAUCUUGACUUUCCUUCUCAAUUCCAAAUCAAUCCCAAAUCAAUCCCAAAUCAAUCCCAAAACAAUCCCAAAUCAAUCCCAAAACAAUCCCAAAUAUAUCCCAAAUCAAUUCUGAUGGAGUUAAGCCGAAGAGAAAAGUACCUACAGUAUUAUAAGUUAUAGUAUAU